UGUGAUCAAGGGCAACAUGUGCUGUGACAUCCAACUGCGAAAGCUCAGCUGAUAAAAGUUUUCUGUCGUGUCGGGAUCUAUCAAAGACUGAAUUUGGACUGCUCAGUUAGUGCAACUUACCCAGUACCAUGUCCACAGUCUUAUCCCAGCAGAUCAGCAUUAUCUGUAAAAGGUUGUCAUGCCUGAUGAUGAGAGGGGGAAAAAAAUCUCCAUCCAUGAGGACACUGGGUGACUGGUCUUGUGUAGCCAAUAUGGCCAGUUCCAGACAGCUUGAGGUUCCUCCCCACAUCCUGGGGUUACAACGUCACGCAGAAAUCCCCAGAAAUCUCUCAGUCUCACCCUCUGAGUUGAACUUCAGUUUGGAAUAUAACCUGCCAACUACAAGUGUUCUUAGGGUUAUUCACAAGGGAAAGGUUAUGGAGAACAAUAUCUUUGAAUGCCCGUCUCUUAUCAGUGGACAUCCUCUCUCAAACCCCAUUGUGGAACCAUGCACAGAAAAGGAAAUCAUGGCACCUGAGAAGACCAAGGUGGAAAAACUGGCAAAAAAUAUUCUCAAAAUUCGCAGAAGGAAAAUGAACCGGCAUCAUCUGAAAAAACUCCGAAAGCGCAUGAAAUUUGUGUUUCGUAAGAGACUUCACCGUAAAUUGAAACUGAAAGAAGCUAAACUUCAAGAGGAAUUUCGUGCAAUCAUGAAACGUGCAGAAGAUUUUGAACCCAGAGAUUUUGUCCAGAAAAAUUUAGAGCUAGCCCGAAAAGGAGGGUUUCAUGUUAAUAUAUUUGAAUCUUCAAGGCAACAGCAACAGUAGUUGAUUUCCUUAUUGACCUGAAGUAGGAUGUUUGGCUUGUUUUCUUAAAGAUGUCGAAAAGUCGAAAUAAAAAAAAGAAUUUUAU